AUGAAGUUUCAUUACAAGUUUCAAAACUUACUAGGUACAGUGUACCGAAAGGGUGAUAUUUUAUUUACUGGCGACGGAAACUGUGUGAUAAGUCCAGUAGGAAACAAAAUAACAGUUUACAACUUAAAACAGAACAAAAGUAAUACACUUUCAUUUGAAAGUUAUUAUAACUACACAACCAUUGAUGUCUCGCCAAACGGAUCUACUCUGUUGGCUGUCAAUGAAAAGGGUGAAGCGCAAAUGAUCAGCUUGCUGACAUGCACAGUGAUACAUCGAUACAAGUUCAAACAACAAGUCAGUGCGGUGCGGUUCAGUCCUGAUGGAAAGUAUUUUGCGGCUUGUUGUGAUGAUACAGUGUUUAUAAUGACAGCACCAUGCACAUUUACCGGAGAAUUCCGUUCAUUCGUCAUGAAGCGGGUCUUCAAGAAAGCCAGAGACGAAGUGACUUGCAUGGACUGGUCUCCCUGUUCCAAACUCCUUGCUGUGGGGUCCAAAGACACUACAACAAAAAUAUACACCGUAGACUACUUGGACAACCUCAGCAUGUAUUCGUUAAGUGGUCAUACGGACAAAAUAGUGGGAGUUUUCUUUGAGAGGAAAAGUUUGGAUUUAAUAACUGUCAGUAGGAAUGGCCAGGUUUGUUUGUGGGAGUCCAAUAUUGAUAUAGAUGAUCUGGUAGUCUCUGAUGUUCAGAUAUCUCAUCGCAAAAAACGGAAAAUGGCUAAGGAUGAGGAAAGUGAGGAUGAAGUUGACGAGAAGGCUGUUAUUGAGAAGGAUAAAGAAUAUGAAAGUGAAAACGAAGAAGAAGAAAUAGAAACAGAGAAAGAAAUAAAAACGGAAGAAGUAACAAAGUUGUUAUAUAAGAAGUUGGGCCGACAUUACAUAGGAGAUGAUAUCAGGAGCAAACACCAUAAGGUCAAGUUGACGGCCGCACAGUAUCAUAGGGAAACCAAGAUGUUGGUUACAGGUUUCUCAACUGGUAUAUUUUACCUGCACGAGAUGCCCGAUGUGAAUCUCAUCCAUACACUCAGCAUAUCAGAACAUAGGAUCAGCAGUAUCGCUAUCUCAACUCCUGGAGACUGGAUAGCUUUUGGAUGCCCUAAUAUCGGCCAGCUUCUCGUUUGGGAGUGGCAAAGUGAACAAUAUGUAAUGAAGCAACAAGGUCAUUCCUUAGACAUGACGUGCCUGGCAUACUCUCCUGACGGCCUGUACAUAGUGACAGGAGGAUAUGAUGGCAAGGUCAAAGUAUGGAAUACGACCAAUAGUUUCUGCUUUGUGACCUUCAAUGAACAUAAGUCUACAGUCACUAGUAUCACUUUUAGUGCCAACAAGAAGUUCUUUGUGUCCGCUAGUCUGGAUGGGACGGUGCGGUGCUAUGAUUUGACUAGGUACCGCAACUUCCGUACACUGACAUCUCCGUCACUGGUACAGUUUAGCUGCGUAGCUCUGGACGCUAGCUCCGAACUAUGUGCUGCGGGAGGACAGGAUGUCUUCGAAGUGUUCCUCUGGUCUAUCAAGUUUGGGAAGCUUUUGGAUGUACUAGGAGGUCAUGAAGCACCAGUAUCUUGCGUCUCCUUCAGUCCGACGCUAUCGAGCUCCCGCCUUGUAUCCGCAAGUUGGGACAAAACCAUUCGUAUUUGGAACUGCAUUGAAACCAGCGCCGACUGCGAAACGGUUCAACUUACGUCGGACGCCUUACAAGUUGCUUUUAGACCUGAUGGUGAAGAGAUAGCAGUAUCAUCUUUAGACGGCAAUAUAACAUUCUUCAAUACGACCACGGGAGACCAGACAGGCAGCAUUGAAGGAAGAAACGACCUCGGAUCAGGAAGAGCUGAUACCGACCUUAUAACUCCUGAGAAAAUGUUGAAGACCAAAGCAUUCACAACAAUAUGCUACUCAGCGGACGGGUCCUGUAUCCUGGGCGCGGGCAACUCGAAACAUGUUUGUUUAUACAGCGUGAGAGAAGGCAUACUCAUCAAGAAGUUUGUCAUCACACAGAACCGGUCUCUGGAUGCUGUUAAUGACUUCAUAAAUCGCCGCCUAAUGACGGAGUUUGGUAACAUGGCGCUGGUGGAAGAGCGAGGGGAUUUGGAAGGCGGUGAUGUUAAUGUCAGGCUGCCCGGCGUCAGGGACGGAGAUAUGGCUGAUAGGAGAGUUAAACCUGAGGUACGAGUACACUGUGUAAGAUUCUCCCCUACCGGCGAAAGUUUUGCAGUGGCAGCCACUGAAGGUCUGCUCAUAUACAGCCAGAAUGCAGGCAUUGAUGGCACAUUCAGGCCGUUCCGAUUAGAAGCUGGUUCGACUCCAUAUGCAGUGAAGCAACAUUUGUCGGAGGAGGCCUGGGGCUCCGCCCUCGUGGCCGCGCUACAACUCAACGAGCACUCUGUCAUACAACAGUGUGUGGAGGCUGUACCGGCUAAUGAUAUUACCCUAACAGUGACGAACUUAGACGACGACUACUCAGACCGCCUGCUGAACUCAAUAGCUCGACUCUUGGAGGACAGUCGACACCUGGAACACCUGCUCCUGUGGGUGAAGGCAUUAGUCACUGUCAAGAGGAGGAAGUUCCCUCCCAGCGUACUACUGGCGCUGGAGAAGGUGCUAACUGUCAAGUAUUCGCAGAUUAGUAAAAUAUGUGACUUCAACAAAUACACGAUACGCUGCAUCAGGACUGUCGGUGAGUUGGCUCCGAAGAUGGAAGUGGACGAACAAACGGAUAGCGACAAUGAAUCCAGUGGACGAGGCACCUUCUCUGAUACGGAUUAG